AUGCGACGGAGCUUAGAUGCUCCUGGUAUGUGCCUUCUCUCUCUCUCAUGUCCUCAUUCAUUGGUUUGUUCUUUUACUUAUUCUCGGCGGCAACAGAUUGACGUGCCACCGCGCUUGCCCGGUGCGGCUUUGUGGCGUGGUUGUGUUUCGCGCCCUUCGCUGCAACUCCCUCUCCGGGGCCCGGGGCUUCCUUUCAUAUCCCCACUUGGCGUGAGGCAGACGUGCGCUACGAUGGUGGCCGGCGUGCGGGCCACUAAAUUCACUUGGGAAUUUACAAAGGAAAAAAGUUGUUUAUUAUUAUUAUUAUUAUUAUUAUUAUUAUUAUUAUUGUUUUUACCAUUAUUAUUAAUAUUGCUAUCACUAUUAGUAUUAUUAAUUAUUAAUUAUUAUGGAUCCAUUGUAGAACAGACUAACUGUUGCUGGUUAAUGGUUGUAUUUGGAUGGGAAAGUAUGCUUCCACUCUCGAAUAUGGAGAAACAGCUUAACGCGUAUUUGGAAAAUGAUUUACUUCAUGGUGAUAGUUCUGUUUUGUAA